AUGGCCGAAUCCGCGUCGAAGGUCAUUCACGUCCGCAAUGUGCCAUCUGAGGCCACGGAGGGUGCCCCUAACCGCAUAAUCCUAGUCACAAUCCACAACCCGCUGCUGUCCCCUCACACGCGGGAAACUCGACCGCCGACCGCUUUGUUCUCAACCGCGGCCUCUGCUGCUCCCUCUCGUGCUGCACCUCGUGCUGUCUCCCGCGCUGCCUCCCCUUUCCCCCGUCCCCCGGUGUUGCGCGGAGCAGGGCUGCAGGCGCUGGUGCAGUACAACAACCAGGCGAGCGCGGCCGCCGCCAAGACCAACCUGCAGGGCCGCAACAUCUACGACGGCUGCUGCACGCUCGACAUCCAGUUCUCCAAUUUGAGCGAGCUACAGGUGCAUUACAACAACGAGCGCACCAGAGACUAUGUCAACCAGCUGCCGGAUCAGCCGGGCAAGGCACCCAUGAUGAUGGGGCAGCCGGGCAUGCCCCAGCCUGGCAUGGGCGGCCUCAACGCAUAUGGGAACCCCGGCAUGGCAGCAGCAGCGGCGGCGCAGAUGUUCGGGGGCAACCUGCCGCCGGGUGUGACGGGCACCAACGACCGCUGCACACUGCUCAUCUCCAACAUCCACCAUGAGGUGGUGGAUGCGGACAAGCUGUUCAACCUGGUGUCCAACUACGGCAACGUGGUGCGAAUCAAGUUCCUGCACAACAAGCCCGACCAUGCCCUCGUGCAGCUCGCUGAUGGGCUGCAGGCCGAGCUCGCCGUCACUUAUCUCAAGCCCGACCAUGCCCUCGUGCAGCUCGCUGAUGGGCUGCAGGCCGAGCUCGCCGUCACUUAUCUUAAGGGUGCUGCCGUGUUUGGGAAGCGGCUGGAGGUGAACUAUUCCAAGUACCCGUCCAUCAACCCGUCAGCCGACACUAAAGACUACUCCACGUCCAACCUGAACCGCUUCGGCCGCAACGCGCCCAAGAACUACCGCCACUGCUGCGCGCCCACGCGCAUGCUGCACUGCAGCAACCUGCCAGCUGACGCCAGCGCUGACAUGGUGGUAGAGCACAUGGCCCCGCACGGGCCCGUGCUGGGGUCUAAGGUGAUCGACAAGGACGGGAAGAAGCAGGUGCUCGUGCUGUUCGAAACGGUGGAGGCGGCCACUGAUGCGCUCGUGGCAAAGCAUGCCACGCCCAUCGUGCGUGUGCUGGGGUCGAAGGUGAUUGACAAGGACGGGAAGAAGCAGGUGGUGGUGCUGUUUGAAACGGUGGAGGCGGCCACUGAUGCGCUUGUGGUGAAGCAUGCCACGCCCAUCAGUGGGCAGGUUAUCCGGCUAGACCUUUCCAAGAGCCAAAAUCUGUAG